CUAUAUUGUUGUAUUUCAGGAAUUGGAAAUGAUAUUGUACAUCAGACUGAAAUGGCACGAUUAUCGCUUGCGUUGGAAUUCAACCAAAAUGCGACGAAUCAAGACUCGUGAACAUUUACUAGAUAAGAUAUGGAUUCCAGAUAUUCGAAUGGGCCACAUAAAAGAUAUGAAAUCAUUUCAUCGUUUUGGUGGAGUCAACAUGAAUCUCUAUCGUGAUGGAAAAGUGUACUAUAGUCAACUGGCCUUGGUGAAAGUACACUGCCCGAUGGAUUUUCGUAAAUUCCCUAUAGACACUCAAAGUUGUGAUUUGAACUUUUUAUCGUAUGCUUAUGCGACAACCUUGCUUCAAUUUUCUCUAAAGAAACAGAAAACUGAAGUAAGAUUCAUUGCGCUUCCACAAUUUAAAUUCGUUGGAACAACGAUGCAUCAAGAUCAACCAAAAGGGAAAGGUAUUAUACAAGAAGUGACCAUUGUCGUGCAAUUUGAACGUCGUCCGGGUUAUUAUAUUAUUCAAAUAUACAUCCCGUCUGUAUUUCUUGUCUUGUUAUCAUGGCUUUCGUUUUUCAUGGAUUCCGAGGACAUCGCUAAUCGUUUAACACUUGAGGUCACCAUGAUUCUCUCGAUUGUCUUCUUGUUAACAAGUAGCAAUAGCUCCUUGCCACAUCUUUCAUAUGUUAAAGCGUCAGACAUCUUCAUGAUAACUUCUUUUUGUUUCAUUUUUAUGGCUUUACUUCAAAGUAUGUUCUGUUAUCAGUUGUACACAAAGAAAGGGAGAAAAUGUGUUGGAGGGAAAAACUCGGUUAAAAAGGGCAAUGUCUAUUGCGUUUUUCCUGGUUUGAAGUUCCUAAACAAGGAGAAUCAUUCAGAUGCAUUUGAAGAGGAUGAUCAUACAAGAUGUACUGAACAGUCAAUUGAUGAUACAUUUGAAUCAGAUAAUAUUCCUAUCGAAAUGAAACACAAUUCAAUAUUUUGGUUUGAUAAGAUAUCCAUUAUUUUAUUCCCUUUAUCAUACACAGUUUUCAACAUUGUAUACUGGCUCUAUUAUCUAUAAAAAAUUGAAAGAUUUAGCAGAACACCUAUUUCAAUAAGUUAAGCCAAAAAUAAAUAUAAUCAAUACUUA